AUGUCACACAGAGACGAAGCUCAGCACAAUCCGCCAAACUUAAUCUUCACCUACGGAACCCUGAAGCGAGGCUUCGCGAACCACGGCCUCCUCCAGUCCCUGUUCUCUACCAACGAUGCCGCAUUCCUCGGCACCUACCGCACCGCCGAAGAGUUGCCCCUCGUCUGCGGGCCCCACGGCGUCCCCUUUCUUCUCAACUUCCCCGGGUCUGGGUUGGGCCGCCACCGGGUCAGGGGCGAGCUCUACGCCGUAUCUGACCACGGGUUAACCCGGCUCGACGAGCUCGAGGGCAUCUCCGUCGGCCACUACGAGCGCUUACCGAUUCGGCUCCUCCCCGACGGCGAUUCCUCUAUCGGCGGCGGCGGCGGAGGGGCAACGGUGGUGGAGGCGGAGGCGUAUUACGCCCACCGGAGCUUCGCGGAGGAUAUGUGGCGGAGGAACGGGUGGCUAGGGUUUGAGGUGUACACGGAAGAGGCGUGCAAGGCUCAUAGUAACUUGGAGAAUUCGAAGGUCACAUACACGCAAACUUCACUGCAUUACCACUAUGACCCAUGGUUCACUGUGCUUGGACAAGAGCUUGCUUCAAUAGAGCUCUCCAGAGUUUUCCGCAGUUCUGAUUUUUGA